AUGGCUAGCCAGGAAACAGUUGAACAGUCCGAAGGACAAACUGUCCCAGAGCAACCACAAUCCAGUCAAACUGAGAGCAAACUGCAAAACAACAAACCUCCAGUGAACGGCGGCACUAAUUAUUCUAAACAAAAUAGAUUUAAUGCUGGUUCCAAUUAUUACAAACCAAACAUGCAGUGGCAACAACAGAAAUUCUACAAUGGCUAUCCAACUUACAACCCAAUGCAAAUGCAAAUGGGAAUGGCUACCCCAACUAUUGAUGCUCAAAGCUCCAAUAGAACUUCUACUGAACCAACUGAAACUACCCCAGCUAAUAACGAAGAGGACUUGGCUGCAAAGGCUAAAGCUGAACAAACCAGAAAAGCUUUUGUCGAAGAAGUUAAACGUCGUAAGGCUGAGAUCGAAAAGAAAAAACAAGAACAAGAAGUUCUAAAGAGGAAGUCUGAAGAAGAUAAACAGAAGGAAGACGCAGAAGCCAAGACUAAAGUUGACGCUAUUACCCAGGUCAAAAAGGAAGAAGAAGAAAAAUCAAAGGAGGAAGUAAAAGAAACUGCUCAACCUGAACAAACCGUUUCUUCUCCAAGCACCGAUAAUUCUUCAAAUGAUAACUCAGAGCAAAAAGUGAUGACUUUUGCUGAACGUAUGAAGUUGAAGAAACUUCAGAAAGAUAGUGAAGAAGGUUCUUCUGAAUCUCUUACAGAUGUAGCGGACGAUAAAAAGACAAUAGACAAUACGAACGAGGAGGAGGUUAAAGAAGAAGAACCUAUUAAAUCUACUGAGGAUGCAGAAACUAAGGAAACUACAGAAUCUACCACAGAAGAAAAUGUUACCGAAGCAACCAAAAUUGAGACUGCAACUACCGAGGUCGAUCCGAAUGCUGUUAGUAUUUCUGACAUCCUAAAGAGAGUAUCUGAGGUUCCUGCAAUUACAGAUAUAUUCGAAUUUAAGUAUCCAGAAGGUAUCAAUGGCCCAGAUGUAAAGUACCAAAAGGAAACUGUCAAAUAUACCUAUGGCCCAGCCUUCUUGCUGCAAUUUCAAUCUCCUCUUAAGGUGGUUGCUGAUGCUACUUGGAUACAAUCUACAGGUUCGAAAAUCGUCAUUCCACCAGGUAUGAACAGAUCUAAUAGAUCUAGAGAUCCAAGUAAGUUUGGUGGCCGUGGGAAUGACUUCAGAAAUAAUUCCAAUAGAGAUGGUUCUAACUCUAGAAAUUCCUCAAAAAGAAAAUCUAGAAAAGAUGACAGAAGAUCCAAUAGAUCAUACACAUCUAGAAGAGAUCGCGAAAGAAACUCCGAUAGAAAUGAAGACAGAAAAGAAGAAAAACCAAAGGAAGAAGUUGCACCAUUCGUUCCAACUGCAAACAGAUGGGUUCCAAAAUCAAGAGCUAAAAAGACCGAAAAGAAAUUUGCUCCAGAUGGUGUUACAGAAUUAUUUGAAAAACCUGAACUUGAAAGUAAGAUGAAGUCCUUAUUGAACAAGUUGACUUUGGAAAAGUUUGACACUAUUUCCGUUGAUAUUCUAGAUUUGGCUAACCUAUCCAAAUUUGAAACAGAUGGUAGCACAUUAAAAACAGUCAUUGAACAAAUUUUCCUAAAAGCUUGUGAUGAACCACAUUGGUCAUCUAUGUAUGCUCAACUAUGUGGUAAAGUCGUUAAGGAAUUGAACCCAGAUAUUAACGAUGAGACUAAUGAAGGUAGAACUGGUCCAAAACUAGUUCUUCACUACCUUGUUGACAGAUGUCAUACAGAAUUCCAAAAGGGUUGGACUGACAAACUUCCAACAAAUGAAGAUGGUUCACCAUUGGAGCCAGAAAUGAUGUCUGACGAAUAUUACACAGCUGCUGCUGCAAAGAGAAGAGGCCUAGGUCUUGUCCGUUUCAUUGGUUACUUAUACCGUUUGAACUUACUAUCUGGUAAGAUGAUGUUUGAAUGUUUCAGAAGAUUAAUGAAGGAUUUGAAUGACAAUCCAUCUGAAGAUGUCUUGGAGUCCGUUGUAGAGUUACUAGAUACUGUCGGUGAACAAUUUGAAACUGACAGCUUCAAUGCUGGUCAAGCAGUACUAGAAGGUUCUGCUCUAUUAGACAGUUUGUUCUCAAUUAUUUCUUCUUUAGUCAAAGAAGAUGAUAUAUCGAAUAGAAUGAAGUUCAAGUUGUUAGAUAUUAUAGAAUUGAGAGAGAAGAAGAAUUGGAAUAAUGGUAAGAAGGAUGCCGGUCCAAAAACUAUCCAACAAAUCCAUGAAGAGGAUGAGAGAGAACGUGCAUUAAAAAUGAGCUCAAGACAGAAUUCUAGGAGGGGAAACAACUCUAAUAGAAAUAAUUCUAGAAGAGAUCAACAAUCUGCAUCAUACAGGGACAAGGAUAAUUUUGUUACAACAAGAUCUUUUUCACAAAGAAACAACCAGAAACCACCACCACCAAAAGAAGAAGUUCCUGCUCCAGCUGCCCCAAGCAACAUGUUCAGCGCAUUAAUGAACCAAGACGAAGAGGACGAAUAA